AUGGCGGAGGGAUCUACAUUCCACGAGAAGGACGUGCCGGAAGAGUCGCACCUCCUUGAAGACUUCGAAGAUGAACCCAAGACACAAUCAGUCGAGGUUGAGUCGAGCAAUCCAUCACCAACAUUUCACAUUAAUCUCUCGGGCUUCCAGCGACCAGAAUGGUCGGACGUGUUGUCUUCGUGCAAGCGCUUUCUCUUCUUCCUGCUUCCGACUUUCAUACAACAUAGACUUCAUCCAGAACUGACUAAGCCCGAACGCCUUCACCCUUCCGGUUACCUCGAUGGUAUGCGUGGACUGGCCGCUCUCUUCGUCUUCUUCUACCACUUCUCCUACUCGAGCCACGAUGUCCUCACCGCAUACGGUGGCACCGACAAGCCGGAUGAGCACCGCGAAUUCCUCAAGCUCCCAUUUGUUCGAUUCAUAUACACUGGGCCCGCCAUGGUCUCCAUCUUCUACGUCGUCUCUGGUUACGCCCUUUCGUACAAGCCUGUGAAGCUCAUGAGAAACAAGAGUUGGAAGGACUUGUUACACACUCUCUCUUCGGCAACUUUCCGCAGAGCUAUUCGUCUUUAUCUGCCUUGCUUUGUUUCGACCUUAAUGAUCAUUCUGUUAGUACGGUUAGGAGCGUACGACGCAACUCGUGGUAUUGCAUAUGAUGAAAAGCGCCUUAACCAGGUUCGCGAAUUUCAUCUGCCACGCUACGAGUCGUUGUGGCACCAAAUGACGGACUGGGCCAAAAUGAUGUGGAUUUUUGUACACCCUUGGAGCUUUGGAACAAAGGACACGGACAUUGAUAUAGAUAAGCAUCUGUGGACCAUCCCGUAA